AUGUUUCUUCGACGAUGCGCUAUCCCCACCCUGCAUGCCCGCGCGGUCUCAACCUCAGUGGGGUGUCCAAUUCACCAUCAUGAUGUCGAUUUUCAUGGAGACCCCGUGGUAAAUGUCUACACGGACGGCUCGUGCCGGAACAACCAAAACUCUGAGCUCGCGCAGGCGGGUGCUGCUGUGUUCUUUGGCAGUAAUGAUCCGCGCAACUAUGGUUUCCUGCUUACCGGAAAACCUACCAACAAUAGGGCGGAGCUACUGUCCGUGCACGAGGCCACGCGGAUCAUUCUUGAUGACCUAAAAGAACACACCCAUACAAAAUUCCAGAUCAUGACAGACUCCAAGUACGUGAUAGGGUGUCUGACAGAAUGGUACCCCCGAUGGCAGUCCAAUGGGUGGCGAACCAGAAAGGGCAAAUCUGUCGCGAACCAGGACGAAAUCCGAGCGAUUAUGGUCAACGUGCGCGAAAUCAAUACGCAGUACGCAAAUAUUGGAUGGGGGCCGCUGUGCUUCAAGCACGUUUACGGACACAGCGGAAUUUAUGGCAACGAGAUAGCCGACAAACUAGCAACCGCUAUUAGCGGAAGUGUCUCGGCAGUAUCCGCAGCCCCCGUGCCAGACACACUCUAGAGUUUAGCCUUCCCUGUUUGUGUGUACACAUGAAUAUGAAAAUAUUUAGGAUUGAGCACCACGUUACUCCUUUAGACCCUCGAUCUUGAUUCUGGUUGCCUUGUUCAUGUAAGCAUUGUAGGUGAUUUUCGUGACUUCUGAUUGCGGGAACUUGAGGAAGGGGAUGUCGCUGCACGACGAGGCCAUCAGGUAGCCGUAGAACACCCUGAUGACCGUCUCGUCCGCGAUGACCAGCACGUCGUUCGUUAGGCGCUCGAUCUCCAUGAUCAGCGGCUCCAGCUUCAACGCCAGGUCGUGGUAGCAGUCUGCCCUUGGGUACCGGUGGUGGUACGGAUCGAGCUGGUGUCUCUGAUAGUCGUCGGGAAACUUUUCCUUUAGCUCCUCGUCUGUGAGUCCGUGAGCAUCGCCAGGGUUCAGCUGCGUCAUUUCGGGGCGGUGCGUCACUGAGAGCCCGACAUCCUUGAACACCUGCGCCAGUUGUGUAGUGCGCAGUCUCACAGACGUCCACACCUGCAAGUCUGCAGGCAGACUGUCGUGGCCUUGUUCCCGGUAAUGUUUCACCAUCGUGUCGAACAGCUUGUGCGCGUAAUCCUGGCCCUUGGCGUCCAGGGGCGGGUCGCUCUUGAAAUCGAGCUUGUUGUUGGAGCAUCUCGCAAAAUAAAUAGACCCUUUCUUGAUUUUUGAGUUCAUCAGAUAGAAUAUUAUUUUCGUCGUGAGGAAGUCGUGCUUCGACUUGUUCACCAGCAGCUUCUCACCAAAGUUGAUAAACUUGAUGUACGUGAGCUCCUCCUCGUCCAUCUCCUCAUACGAGUGAGCAACCACGCUAACCCUCUUCCUGUAGUCCGCAAUCGCCUCCUCGGCGUCCCAGUUGAUGUAGUCUGGCGAUUUUGCCGCGUCAGCUAUGUUGGUCUCCAGCAGUUUCGGGUCGUCGAUCAGGCUCUCGAUAAAAAUCACCUUCACGCUGUGCUGCUGUAGCACACGUGCGAGCUCUCGCCUCUGUGAGCUCACGCCGUUGACUGCGUCGUAAAUGGCGAUUUGGCCCAUGUCGUUCUGGAAAAAAUUGAGCACGUCUCGUACAGCCAGGUCGGUCAGUUCCUGGCGCACCCGUUUCGCCUCCUCGCUUUCCGGCUUCGGGUCGAAAAAGUCAAACGGCACGUGCUUUGUCUUCUCUCUUCUGAUGUCGCCCAGGUGGAACAAAUUGGCCCGCACUCCCAGCCAUCGCAAAUACCUGCACAGACUGAUGGACAAGUUGGUUUUACCGCGCGCAGGCGGCCCCACCAAAACGAUGCAAAUACAUCCCGCAUGAUACAGCUUCCCAGAAUCUGUGGAAUAAAGUUGGGCGGGGGACACGUGGAAGCGCGACACUGUCUUGUGAAUCUCGUCUAUGUCCUCAUGGACGUGGGGUGGGACAUGUCGCUCGCUUUUGUUGUCUGCGCCGUUUUCGUCGCCUCUCGACGAGGUCGGAAGCCACCUGUUCUGCUUGCGUGCAGAAUAAUUGCCCGGAAUCUUGGGCUCUUCAAUUUCAGCCAGGUCUUCGGACAUUUAAUAGCAAG